CAUAAAGGCUGCGCCGCUCUCAUCUGUCUCUCAACCUUUUUUACAGUCUAUGGACUCAGCACAGGAAAAACUCCUGCUGAAACAACUAAGAUCACGUGACAUCAAGAUGGCGUUUAUUAAAGAGGAGACUGAAGACAUGAGAAUUUCAGAACCAUUCAGAAUGACACAUAAAGAUGUUGAGAAACAAACAGACCUGAUGCAGCUUAAAGACGAGAGUCCAGAACUGAAUGAAAUGGUGGACAAAGUACAGUAUGAGAAACAUGAUUUCAUAACUGAAGAUGAAAAUUGCUUGCAGACUGACAAUUCUUCCUCACAAAAAAGAGGUGAGGAGACUGGAUCUAAAAGAUCUUUUGCCUGCGAACAGUGUGGAAACUUUUUCUCUACAGCAGGAAACCUUAAAAUCCAUAUGAGAAGUCAUACUGGAGAGAAGCCUUACACAUGUGAUCAGUGUGGAAAGAGUUACACACGAAGCAACACCUUAAAGGAUCACAUGAUGGUUCACACUGGAGAAAGGCCUUUCGAAUGUGAUCAGUGUGGAAAGAGUUACACGCGAAACAAGACCUUAAUGGUUCACAUGAGGAUUCACACUGGAGAAAGGCCUUACACAUGUAAUCAGUGUGGAAAGUGUUUCAUACGAAAAGACAACCUUAAUUUACACAUGAAAAUUCACACCAGAGAGAACCAUUUUAUAUGCCAUCAGUGUGGAAAGAGUUUCAAAGACAUUGAACACCUUAACAGGCAUGUUAUAAUUCACUCCGAAGAGAAGCCCUUCAAAUGUCCCCAAUGUGGAAAGAAGUUUAAAAUUAGUAAAAACAUUAAGGCACACAUGAGAAGUCACAGUGAAGAGAAGCCUUUUAAGUGUCAUCAAUGUGAAAAGGGUUUCCUAAUAAAUAAGGACCUCAUAAGACACAUGAGAAGUCACACUGAGGAGAGACCUUUCAAGUGCCAUCAAUGUGGAAAGGGAUUAAAACAUGAAGAAUCACUUGCUUACCACAUGAAAAUUCACACCGGAGAGAAGCCUUUCAGCUGCUCUCAGUGUGGAAAGAGUUUCAUACAUAAAGGACAGCUUAAUGCUCACAUGAGAGUUCAUACAAGAGACAACAAUUUUAAAUGCAAGCAAUGUGGGGAGUGUUUUAAAGACAAGGAUCUCUUUAAAAUGCAUAGAAAAGCUCACUUCCAAGAGAAGCCUUUCCCCUGUCUUCAGUGUGGAAGGAGAUACAAUCUCAUAGGACGCCUUAAGAGUCACAUGAGAUCUCACGAGGGGGAAUAGCCUUUCACCUUUUUUCGCCAUGUGGAAAGUGGUUGAUGCACAACGGACACCUUAGUUUUCACAUGAGAAUUUAUAAAAAGAGAGAACGAUUUAAUAUGUCAACUGUAAAGAGUUUUACAGACCAAAAACAACUUAAAAGGCACUUGCAUAUUCACAGAGGAGAGAAGCUUUUAUAUUUUUCUAAACAUUUGUGUUUAACAGAAGAAAGAAUGAAACUCAUACAGUUUCGGAACAAUAUGAGGAUGAGUAAAGGAUGACAGAAUUAAUAUUUAGCGAAAUUAUUAAUUACUCACACUCAUGUCUUUCCAAAUCAUGACUUUCAUUCAUAUUUGAAACACAUAUGAGAAUUGUUUUUAAAUGCAAUCUGCAUUUUUUCAAUGGACAGAAAUCUCUCAAAUAUCAUUAAAAAUGAAAAAUGCAAUAAAGGGAAAUCUAUUUUUAAAAAAGGCAACAAAAUCUAUUCACUAAUUCCUGAAUUUUCUUUCUUGUACAUUUAACAUUUUUUAAUGGUUAUUUGUAUGCAUUUUUAUGUAGCAGGGCAAUGUGAAACAUUUGAAUAAUGAUUUUGGUAAAGCUUGGGUAAAAAAAAUUGAACCCAUUAUAUUUUAAAAAUAAAACGGAAGAUCACCAUGUUAAGGAGAAAUGAACAACAGUUUUGCCACUUUGUCCCUUUCAAAGCAUACCAGUUAAUAAAUUAUCAGUGUAUGUAUACAUAUAUGAAAUUUACUUUUAUUUUGGUCUGGUGUCAUGACAUCAUAAGGCUGCACUGUACCGCUCUCCCCUGGUUCGGACUGUAAAAAAGGUUCAACAGAGGUUUGAGGUUUUUGAACGCUCGAGAAUUUAAGGCUGUAUUUUCAGAGGACUUUUAUUUUGUCUGGUGUUAUGACAUCAUAAGGCUGCGCCGCUCUCUGACUUCACAAAGACAUACAGGAACAACAAACAAUUGGUGAAACCUGAGAGAUCCAUGUGACGGUUUUCCAAGAUGGCAUUUAUUAAAGAGGAGACUGAAGACAUAAGAAUUUCAAAACCAUUCAGAGUGAAACAUGAAGAUACUGAGGAACAAAAAGACCUGAUGCCGCUUAAAGAGGAGAGUCAAGAACUGAAUGAAAUAGAGGAGACACAAUUGUUUGAGAAACAUGAUUUCAUAACUGAUGAUAAACUUAGCUCACAGCCUGAACAGUAUUUCUCACAAAAAAGAAGCAAGGGGGCAGGAUCUAAAAGAUCUUUCACCUGUCAAGAGUGUGGAAAGUCGUACACUACAGCACAAACCUUUAAAUACCACAUGCAAAUUCACACUGGAGAUAAGAAUUUUACAUGUGAUCAGUGUGGAAUGAGUUUCAUACGUAAAAUCACCCUUGAUUUCCACAUGAGACUUCACUCAGGAGAGAAGCAUUUUAUAUGCCAUCAGUGUGGAGAGAGUUUCACGUCUGUGAAACACCUGAACAUUCACAUGAUAAUGCACUCCAGAAUGAAGCCCUAUGAUUGUUACCUAUGUGGAAAGGUGUUCAGAUUUAAAAAGGGCCUAAGGGAACACUUGAGAAGUCACACUGCGGAGAAGCCUUUCCGAAAAGAGAACGCUUUGAAAUGUACUCGGUGUGAGAAGAUUUUUACACAGAAGAAACUCUUUAACAUACAUAAAAAUAGUCACCCUGAAGAGCAGCAUUUCUCCUGUCCUGAAUGUGAUACGAGUUUCACAUCUAAAGGAAACCUUAAGACUCACAUGAGGAUUCACACUGGAGAGAGACCUUACACCUGGGAAGAUUUUCAUACAUAAAGGACACCUUAAGUAUCACAUGAAAAUUCACAAAAGAGUGAAUGAUUUAAAGCCUGGGACACUUGCGGGUCGGUCGCCUGUGGUUGAGAGAUCAAGCAUUAACGUUUUUAUUUUUAUUUUAUUUUAAUAAAGCCACUGAACUUGGUAAAACGCAACAAA